AUGGCGGGGCUACAUGACGAAAGUAGCGAACCGCCUCGGUUGGCAUCGGACACCAAUGCAGAGGUGCUGCCCUCGCGACGGGAAAAGGCCCCGAAAGCUGCUCCUGAGACGGAGGAGGUCAAAAAGAUGAGCAAGCGCAAGAAGAGGAAGCUGGAGCAACUUGCGCAGAAACAGGCGAGCAAGGAGUUGAGGACUCAAGUUCUGGAAGAGUUGAAGGCGGUUCAAUUGACGGCAGAGCAAGCUGAACUCCUCAGAGCCUCCCAGAGCACGAGGUUGUCCAAAAGACAGCAGAAGGCCAUGGCGCAGCGCCGUGCCCAGUUGGGCGUGCCUCUGACAUCCGACAUGAAGGACAAGCUCAAACGACGGCCCCGUCAGCUGAGACGUCACGAAGAUGGAGAAGACGAGGAGGGCAGCGUCGAUGCUGAAGGUGAUGAGGUGUCCAGCGAGGACGAGGGUCUGGCCCCAAGCAGUUCGAUGAAAGGUGCAGGUGCCUCAACGACCUCCCCACCAGAGGCCAGUACAACAGCUCCACUCCUGAGCAUGGCAAGGCCAGGCCCAUCAGCUGCCAAGGCGAAGCCAGAGGUGAAGCCAAAAGCGAAGGCCAAAGCACCGGCACCGGGACCUGCUCCGCAGCCUUUGAUACCAGUGCGUGUGCAGCGGACGGCCGGCAUCGAGGAGCAACGUUCGAGGCUGCCAGCAGUCAUGAUGGAGCAGGAGUUUGUCGAGAUGGCCUUGAGCAACGAUGUGAUGCUAGUCUGCGGAGACACGGGCUGUGGCAAAUCCACACAGGUGCCACAGUUUCUUUACGAGUGUGGCCUCUGCAACGGCGAUGAGAGCCUAAUCGGCGUGACUCAACCGCGCCGUGUUGCAGCGAUCUCCGUCUCACAGCGAGUGGGCCAGGAGUUAAACCAGUCAGAGAGGGUUGGGUACCAGGUCAGAUACGACAAGAGCUACAGCACGAAGGACAUGCGCAUCAAGUUCAUGACGGAUGGAAUUCUGCUGCGGGAGGUGCAAGCGGAUUUUCUUUGUCGCAAGUACGCAGCCAUCGUCAUCGACGAAGCGCAUGAGAGAGGAGUGAACUGCGACAUCCUUAUCGGCCUAUUGUCGCGCGCGGUGCAGCGCCGGCGGAAGGACUACGAGGAGGCAGUGGCAGCCAACCGAAGGAAUGCGGCCAAAGGCACGACAGGGGCCAGCGAGUCGCAGCUCCCAACACCACCGUUGAAGCUAGUGAUCAUGUCUGCGACCUUGCGACUUUGCGAUUUCACUGAAAACCAGCAGCUUUUUCCAAUGCCUCCUCCGGUGCUGCGCAUUGAUGCUCGCACAUUUCCGGUCACUGUCCAUUUUGCGCGAAGAACGGAUGAUGACUAUAUCAAGGCCGCGUACAGGUCGGUGCUUCAGAUUCACAAGGAUCUGCCACCGGGGAGCAUCCUCGUCUUCGUAACUGGCAGGCAGGAGGUGCACCGACUCUGCAGGAUGCUGCAGCAGUGGCAGAUGAGGGCUUCAAAGCAUGGGGACGAAGCCGAGGGCGAAGCCGAGGAGGUCGAGGAGAAGGAGCGACCCCUCGACUUGGAGGCCUCCGAUGACGAGGGCAAUGCAGAAAGCGAUGCUGAGCCCGGAGACCUGCAGCAGCCAGCGGAAGACUCGGCGGAACAUCCACCGGCUUCGAAGCAGCGCGGCGGCAACAAGGCCGCAAACGAUGGAAAGAUGGCCAGGGGCCCAAAGAAGGCCAAAGGCAAAAAGCGCGAGGCUCCGGAGUCCCUUCCAAACGACGGUGCAGGAGACGGUGAAAAAGGCGGGCUGACAGCGAAGAAGCGCCGGAGAAAGGCCAAGAAGAUCAAAGAGGCUGUCGGAGACACGAAUUCGAAGGAGGAGGGUCAAGGAGGGCAGGGCCAGGGCGAGGAGACAGAGGCAGCUCAAGAGGAGAUGCCGGAGCUCUCCUUCGCCCUCGGGGAGGAGGACACGGUGCUUCUUGAGGCGGAGGCGGCGGAGGCCGAGGCCGAGGAUGCCAAGGACCGCGAGCUGCGGAACCAGCGGAAGGUGAGGAUGACCAGGCUCGACAAAUCCAGAACGGCUGGCGGGGUCUUCAAAGGUGCUGGAUUUGGAGAAGGGCCCCUGCGGGUGCUGCCUCUGUACGCACAGCUUUCCGCAACGAGGCAGCUGGCGCCUUUCUCGGAGCCACCGGAGGGUGAACGUGUGGUCGUGAUUUCGACCAACGUGGCUGAAACAUCGGUCACCUUGCCCAAUGUGCGCUAUGUCGUGGACACUGGGAAGGAGAAGCGGCGGCGGUACAAAGCCGCAUCGGGAGUAUCGGCAUUCGUGAUCGACAGGAUCUCUAAGGCUUCGGCCGAUCAGCGUGCCGGACGUGCUGGCCGGCUGGGUCCUGGCCACACCUACCGCCUUUAUUCUUCAGCUGCGUACGAGAACUACUUCACGAAGUUUGCGCCCAUUCCGAUGUUGCAUACGCCUAUGGACCCAGUUCUGUUGCUUCUCGCUUUCCUAGGGGUGCCUCGCUUGGAUGUCUUCCCCUGGCCGACGCCGCCGCCGAGUGAUGCCGUUGCUGCAGCGAUCCGCCGCUUGCGUGCCAUUGGAGCCAUUGAGGACGACGGCAGCAACACAGAGGGUUCCAGAGCAAGCGCUGCGACGGUGAGGUGCACGAAGCUGGGCUACCGCCUGGCAGCUCUGCCAGUUGCCCCGAGAUAUGCUCGCAUGCUCUUGGCAGCCAUCACAGCCAGUGCGGAGCUCAAGGCGGAUCACAUCAUUGGCCAUGCCUGCGCGAUCGUCGCUGCUCUGUCUGUCGGAAAUCUGACAUGCUGGGAGUCUGUGCAGGAGCCGGACGUGGAAGGUAGGACUUCCGUGCUUGAGAACGAGCUCGUGCGUGCCCAAAGAGAGGCACAGCGGAGACUGGACGAGGCUACGAAAAAGCAGGCCCCAAAGUGGAGCCAGCUGCGAGAUGACGCAGAGGGCCUGCUGUGGCUGAUGGGUGGCUAUGCCUGGGCUGCCAGAGGUGGAGAGACUGCUGCUGAGUCGUUCUGCCAGCAGAACAAGAUCAACCCUCGUCAAAUGGCUGAGGCCCACAGUCUCAUGCAGCAGCUAGCGGAGUUGCUGCAGCGCAGGCUCAGCUUAGCGGAAACGGACCUGGAGUUGCACCUGCCGCUUCUUCCAAAGCCACCCAACGCACCACAGGCCUUGCUCCUUCGCGAGUGCAUCGUCGAGGGCUUGCUGGACCGGGUCGCCGUCGCCUGUCCCGAUCUAGGCAACCGCGCAUACAUUUGUGCAGAUCUGGGUCGGGAGCAUCCCGUCUUCAUCCACACAUCGUCCAAUGCUUUCAGACACAGGCCCCACCCUUCCGUGUUGGUCUUCAACGAAAUCAUAUCCACCCACAAACACUUCAUGAGGGACUGCGUCACGGUGGAUCCGUUGCAGCUGGCGAAGCGCGCCGCUGCCGGGGGCUGCCCUUUGUUGCAGCUCGGAGAGUUCCUCCCCGUUCCGGGACCUCGAUACCUGUCAGAGCAGGACAAAGUGCUUGCUUUUGCCAGCCCGUUGUAUGCUCCACUGGCGUACUCGCUGCCAACAGUGGAGGUGGACGUGCCGUCCGAGUCGAACUUUCGCUACAAGGUUUUUGCCAAGGCGCUGCUGGAAGGUGCGGUGGUCCGGGGUCUGCCAUCUCAGGACAAGCUGCUGGCGCGCCCUUCCUUGCUUUUACAUGCCCCGACCAAUCCGAGAGUGUCGGCUGUGGUGAGCCCGCUCUGGCAGUUUCGGGUGGGGUCGCGUCGCCAACUCAUUGCGAAGUGGAGGAGCGACCGGCGAUUCCUUCUAGAAGGCUAUCUUAAGUGGCUGCCGUCGUCGAUGCACGACGAUGUUCGUCUAGCGUGGCCUCCCCUGGGCAAAAACUGA